AUGGCAUUGAUUCAACAAACCCGCGAUUUGUUUAUGGAGGGUGUGGGACUGCUGGCUGCGAGUUUUAAUCUGAUUGGCGUCAAUGCUUCGAAUAAUCAAAUGAAUUAUCGUCCCGUUGAACGAUUUUAUUACUCAGAAUAUCUUCAUGACGGAAUGACCAUUCGCCAAUUUUAUGUGUAUGAAACGCUUACUCAUCAUAGUUUUGUCGUUUUUCAAACUGAAACAGGGCAAACGUUCAAAGUUCAUUUAGUUGCUGAUCUUCUUCCUGAAGGAUAUUCGCCAAUUUAUGUUGAAAUUAAACCUACUUACUGGAAACCUGAUGAAAGACGUGUAGGAGGAUCAAGUAGAAAAGCCAUUGAUUUGAAAUAUUUCAUUUCUACCGAAAUACAAAAGUUUGGUGAAUAUGAAGUUGGACUCAAUGAUUGUCGACAUUUUGCGCGAUCAGUAGCUGCAUUUUUGACUGAUGACGCGCUCUACAUCAUCACACUAAAAUUUUCUCCAUAUCCACAGAAUCAAGGAUAUCCCUACACAUAUCCUAUGGGUAAUUUAUGGACUCCGAGAAAUUACAUAUACAAUAAUUUUAUGAUAUAUCAAUAA